AUGAAAUUCACUAUUGCAUCGCAAUAUACACUGGAAACGUAUUAUUACGAGAAUACGACAAAGAUGGGUGUUUUCCAGCCUGAUUCAAUUAACAACAACUCAAUAAAAAAGAUUGUCGGUGUAUGGGGAUUAUCAUUCAUAGCUCCAGAAAUUCUUAAAGAAAACAAAUACUUUGCCAAAUCUGAAUCUGUAAUGGCUGGUGACCAAUAUUCCACUCUGCGACGAAUACAGAGCAAAAAGAACAUCUCAAAAACUGCGCGAGAAACUAAUGAUUAUGGUGGUAACGAGUUGAUGAUAUUCGUAGCUAUCUAA